UUGUAACAGAGCUAUGGACUGGUUCGCAUGGCUGUCGAAAACCAGCCUUGAACCGAGCCUUGUCUACGAGUACAGCAUCAUCUUCUCCCGCAACCAGCUUCAAAUGGAGGACGUUUCUUUCUUCAACCACGAGUUCCUACUCAGCAUGGGAGUCUCUGUGGCCAAGCACAGGCUGGAGAUACUCAAGCUUGCCAAAAAGGAAGGUGGCGGUCACCCAGGAGCAAUAGCAAGGAUCGGUUUAGUGGUCAUCAAAACCAAGAAGUGCUUCAGCAAGUACUUCACAAGGUUGGCUUUCCAAGAAACCGACAUGUCGUCGUCCCACUCGUCCCCCAAGCAUCAUGUAGCUAAUCAACCACAGAAGUAUCAAGAGCAUUGGAGAGGAAGUCUGCAGAGGAAGCCCAAGGGUCAUGAGGAGGGCAGAACUCGGUGCAUUGCGCUAUCGGGGCCGUUGGAUAUCAGGACUCAUGAGAGGUUGAUGAUGGUCCCUAACCCUAAGAUGAGCCUGAAGCUAUCAGGACCCCUGGACUCAAAGGUCAAUGAGAGGCUCAUGUACACAGCAAACAGGAGCCCCAGGCUCACUGCAGGUCCAAUGGUGACUGACAAGUUAAUGGUUGCAGCAAAUAGGAGCCCCAAGGCAUCAGAAGCGUUCGGUGGUCGAUCAUACGAUAGGCUGAUGGUGUCGAAGAAUAGAAGCCCGAAGCUGUCCGGACCGCUUGAUGGAAGAACCACACCAUAUGAGAAGGAAAGGGUGGACGCUGAUUUUGAUGACCAUUCACUGUGGACUGCUAUGUUUCAGGAUUUGAAACCCACUUAAUCAUUAGUUUGUGCUUUUUGGUUGGUUGUGCUUUCCUUGAGGUGUUUUGUGUUCCAAAGAGUCGUGAAAUAAGUUUGUACAUGCAUGUCCUGAAAAUUUUACUUCAGAAUUUAGUGCAAUCAGAAACUUGGCUAUCUU